AUGGCACGCGUAUACGCAGACGUAAACCAGAAGAUGCCCAAGACGUACUGGGAUUAUGACAGCGUCAACAUAUCGUGGGGCGUUCUAGAGAACUAUGAAGUUGUGCGGAAAAUUGGAAGGGGGAAAUACUCAGAGGUGUUUGAGGGCGUAAAUGUUGUGAACUACCAGAAAUGUGUUGUCAAAGUCCUCAAACCCGUCAAGAAACGAAAGAUCAAGCGAGAGAUCAAGAUCCUUCAGAAUCUGUCAGGUGGUCCAAACGUCGUCGCAUUGCUGGACGUUGUUCGCGAUAGCCAGAGCAAGACUCCGAGUCUGGUUUUUGAAUAUGUCAACAACACCGACUUCCGGACGCUAUACCCCCGAUUGGUUGAUUACGAUGUUCGAUACUACAUAUUCGAGCUCCUGAAGGCCCUGGAUUUCUGCCACAGCAAGGGAAUAAUGCACAGAGAUGUCAAACCACACAACGUAAUGAUUGAUCAUGAGCGGAGAAAGUUACGACUCAUCGAUUGGGGAUUAGCAGAGUUCUACCACCAAGGAAUGGAGUAUAACGUCAGAGUUGCCUCGCGUUAUUUCAAGGGGCCCGAGCUACUUGUUGACUUCCAAGAGUAUGACUAUUCCUUAGACAUGUGGUCUCUUGGAGCGAUGUUUGCGUCCAUGAUCUUCAGGAAGGAACCGUUCUUCCACGGCAGCAGUAAUGCGGACCAACUGGUCAAAAUUGCCAAGGUCCUUGGAACGGAUGAAUUGUUCGACUACCUCGACAAAUAUAACAUCGAGUUGGACCCUCAGUACGACGACAUUCUUCAGCGUUACCCCCGGAAAGCAUGGCACUCUUUCGUCAACUCAGAGAACCAGAGAUUCAUCAGCAAUGAAGCUAUCGACUUUUUGGAUAAAUUGCUCAGAUACGACCACACCGAACGUCUGACUGCUCAGGAGGCGAUGGCCCACCCCUACUUCGCCCCUGUUCGCGCUGCCGCUGCCACGAAUGCCCAGAGCAGCCCUAGCACUGCUCCUAACUCCUAA